UGAAAUCGUGAAUUGAAUAUUGCUGAGGAAUAUUGUUAUUUGUUUGGAUUCGCUGUCUGAUUUGUAUCGUUUUAGGGGGUUGUUAAUGAGAUAUAAAAGUAAAUGUUGCUUUUAUAGCUAACGUUGCUCGUACUUCAUGUAUUUAAUCAGCAAAAAAUGAGUUCUGCAAAGAAAACUGGCGGCAAACGUCCGACAAAGCAAAUAACCAAUGUGUUUUGUUGUCGAGCGUGCCUCGCGACCGAAGAAAGGCUAAUCAACAUGCUUCAGCAUAAACUUGUUGGAGAGUUUUUCCGUGUUACAGGGAUCGUUGUAAGCGAUAAGGACAAGCUUCCGCAGCACUUGUGUGUUUGGUGCGCUGCCUUCAUGCAGCGCUGCGCAGCGUUCAGAGCCAAGUGCCUCCGGGCCAACGAGUUACUACUGCCUUUGAAGGGAGAAUUGACUAUAGAUUCCGUUCGUGCCAUGGACCGCUUCGCCAACCGACUGGUUGACCUGACUCGAACUAACAUCGAAGUGGACAGUAUAGACGGACUAUCCGUGCCACAUGUUAUAGGACAACCUGUAACAACUGAGCAACCUGUAGCAACUGAUGAAGUAAAGAAAGCAUUGUUUAUGGAAAUACAUAGUUUCAAUGAAAAUGAGAUUACAAUUAAUAUUGUAAAAGAUGAUACAGAUACUAGGAUAAAUGAGACUGAUGAUAUGUUUGAUGUUGAAUAUGUUGACACGUUUGAAGAUGAUAUUUAUGAAAAUACAGCGACAAAAAGUGAAUCCAUCAGUGAUGUUAAUGAAAAUAAUGUGGAAGUUACCAUGGAUAAAAGUGAGACAAGGAACAUCAAAAGACAGAGAAAUAGUAAUUAUACAGAAGAUGGAUUUGAUAAUGCAUAUAGAAGAAAGAAGAUGUUUAGGUCUGCAGAUAAUGGUUUUUUGCCGACAGUGAAUUUGGAAGAAUUUAAGAUAGCCUGUAAUGUGAACAUUGAAAUAUUAACACAUGAGGAGCAGAUAGCUGAGAUAGAGGCGCGGCGAGCCACCGAGGAGUUCAAAAGUUCCCCGCACCCGUGCGAGCCGUGCGGGAGACACUUCAAAUCCGACGAUGCCUACAGGCACCACAAGCUCAAACAUGACAGGAAAGGACCACAUGAAUGCCCGGUGUGCACAAUCCGUUUCAACUGGAGAGGCAAACUGUGGAUGCACUUCGACACACAUCGGAUCAAGUAUAUAUGCAGGGAGUGCGGGUUCGUGUCUCGAACGAGGGCUCAGGCGCGGCUCCACCACGCAUUUCACGCCGGCAAGAUAUACCGGUGCAAGUACUGCGGGAAAGAGUUCAGGAAGCAGUCGACAUACCUGGGCCACGUUCGCCAGCGACACAAGACGCUGAACGUGGCGUGCGACAUGUGUGGGGAGACCUUUGUCAACCAGAUGGGCCUCGGCAUGCACAAGGCGUACGAGCACGGCGUGCUGAGGCUCCGAAAAAAGUAUCGCGUAUGCAAGACCUGCUCAGUGACAUUCAUUAGCGAAGACGCUUUGAAGAAGCAUCAGGAAGCCGGGUAUCAUAAAGAUGGAGGAGACCAUGCUGAGAUGAGUCCGUGCGUGCAGUGCGGGGAAAACUUCGGUAGUGAGGACGCUUUGAAGAAACAUGCGGACGCAGAGCACCCGAGCUGCGGAGUGUGCAACUCGACGUUCCUGAACGCGGAGUCCUACGACGUGCACAUAACUCGCAAGCAUCUCGGUAAAGGCGACUCAGAAAUAGCCAAGAAAAAGGCCGCGAACCUCCGCGCGCGGGCCCUCGGCCAGGAGCCACCCUUCCGGAACCGCUACCGGUACCGGUACCCACCGAAGCCAAUACAGAAAGAAUAUAAUAAGUGCUGCGAGCACUGCGGGAAGAUGUUCGCGACAUCCUCCCUUCUCCGCUAUCACCUAAGGAGGCACACGGGAGAGCGGCCGUUCGCCUGCGACCAUUGCCCGAAGCGCUUCGACUUGAAAGCUAAAUUAGUGAGCCACAUGACAGUGCACAGCGGGGAGAAGCCCUAUAAGUGCGAUCUGUGCAACGUCCCCUUCACCUUGAAAGGCAACCUAUUGCGACAUGUGCGCAUCGUGCACAUGGGCAUCCGCAAAAAUUCCGAUUGUGACAUCUGCGGUCGCGUGUUCACUACACCGUCCACCAUGAAGAUGCACGUCCGCACCGUCCACAACGGCGAGCCGUGGCCUAAACGCGCUCCGAGGAAUAAUAAACCACAAACAUAUACUAUAGAAGAGGCUACAGAAGAGAUGCAGACAAAUUCACAAGAUGAACAUAUAGAAGAGAUUAUAGAAGAAAUAGAAACAGAGGAAAUAUAUUAAGAUCUUAUUUACCUCGUCGCUAAUCUAUAUCACCGAAGUAUCCCACUUCUGAAGUCUUCGAACCGAGUAAAAGAGAACAUUAGACUAAUUGUUAUUUUGAUAAUAAAAACUAAUAAUAAUAUAAUAAUGCAU